AAUGCAGAUAAACAUGCCGAACCGAUCGUGGUGACAUUCGCAGUUUACCUCUGGCGGUGUAAAGUCUGCGUUUUUGUUUACAUUGGUCGCGGUGUUCGCGGGUGUAACACACAAGAAGAUAACACAAGGAAAUAGUCUCUUUUCUACGUGAAGGAAACUGCAGUGAACGUUCUCCGGGAAAAAGAACGAUCUUGUUUCGUUAGUUUUUGAUGACGUAGAUUUGAGUGUUUUUCCAGAGUUUAUGUUUUGUUUUAUGAUACUGACGGAAACUUUACGUUUGUGCGAUACCGAUGUUGGAAAAGAAAACUGCGUUUUUUCUCGCGAGCAGCAACAUACACAUUGCGGGUGACGACGAAAAGCAAACUUAAAUUUAAUCAAUUUGCACAGUGCCACAAGUGCAUCGGGAGAAAAGAAAAAGUUUCAUCAGUCCAGAGUGAACCGAAGUUUUAUUUUCUCGUGUUUUCGACACUCGUAUUGCACGAAAACGAAUAACGCGAGUGCGCUCGGGUCUUGUUGUGCUUUCCAAUUUUGUUUUUGGAAUUAUUUCUAUUUGAGCUAGUAGCCGUAAACACACAGCAGUUACACCUCUCAUUCCAUUGGAUUCGUCGGUUGAUGUAAAAAAUGAACGUAUGAACAUAACCGAGAGCAUAAACACCACAUCGAAAGCCAUGCAGCAACAUAGCAUAUUUGCAGCUUGAGUGAGAAGCAUCGACAGAAGUUGAUAAAACUACCAAAAGCUGACGUAGGAUCGAGAGCCCUCAGAUUCCGGCAACGUUGCGAAGCAUUCCAUAACCACCACCACCCAGGGGCGACGGGCGCGCGGAUAAUCUGAAACCGUGGCACAGCUGGCCCUAAUGGAAGCAUGGACAACGAGCAGCCACACCAGGAGCUGGUAAAGUGUGUCCUCGUUGGUGAUACGGCUGUUGGCAAAACGCGACUGAUUUGUGCCCGAGCUUGCAAUAAACAUGUUUCACUCUCGCAGUUACUUAACACGCAUGUGCCAACAGUGUGGGCCAUUGACCAAUACAGAAUAUACAAAGAGGUACUGGAGAGAUCGUGGGAAAUCGUAGACGGCGUCAACGUCUCGCUUCGGCUAUGGGACACUUUCGGCGACCACGAGAAGGACAGGCGAUUUGCAUACGGAAGGUCCGAUGUGGUGCUGCUAUGCUUUUCGAUAGCGAAUCCAAUAUCACUGCGCAAUUGCCGCGCCAUGUGGUAUCCGGAGAUACGUAAAUUCUGUCCAGAAACUCCUGUGAUUCUAGUAGGUUGUAAAAAUGACCUUCGGCACAUGUAUCGCGAUGAGACGUAUCUGUCUUAUUUCGGUGAUCGGAGUCCAUUUGUGCGUGCGGCACGGAAGAGCGACCUCGUAAUGCCAGAGGAAGGCAGGGCAGUCGCCAAAGAACUCGGUGUUGCAUACUAUGAAACGAGCGUGUUUACAUACUUCGGUGUGAACGAACUAUUUGAGAAUGCUAUUCGCGCCGCUUUGAUAGCACGACGUGAGCACCGUUUCUGGAUGACUAAUUUAAAACGGGUGCAGCGGCCAUUAUUGCAGGCCCCGUUCCGACCUCCCAAGCCUCCGCCACCACAAUUGACCGUUAUUACCGGCACACACACUAAAGAUAUGCUAAACAUGUUCAAUUCACAGUGCUAUACAGAUUUAGUAUUAAUUGUCGGUACUAUACGUUUUUCCGUACAUAGAUUUAUGUUAGCUAGUAGUUCUAAUGCAUUUCAUAGGUUACUAACGAUGGACAUCUCCGACAUGGGUGCCCGAAGUAGUAGCGAGUCCAGUAUGGUUAGUUCGACGUUUGGCGAGUCGACGACGGCCGAUUUUAACGAGGACACAGAGUGUCUGAUUAGGGCCGAUCCGAACAAAGCCUCCAAUAGCAGGAUGUGGGAGCAACUGAAGAGGCGGUCUAGCUACCAAGCCCUACCGACGGUGGAACCAAAGAAGGAUCUCUAUCGGGAACUGCAUCAUCCAGUGUUCCAAAGUAUUAGGAUUUUUCAGAUCGAAAAUGGAAAACAUAGCUACACACAAACAAGAACGAUAGUCUCAGUGAGUAAAUUGAUCACCCCGCAGGCAAUGCAACAAUGCUUGAAAUUCAUCUACACUGGAACGAUCGAUCGGGACUGUCUCGAUUUGCAAACUGCUUCAAUAGGACUUAUACUGGAAAUACGACAGGCGGCUGAAUUUCUAGAACUUCCUCAAUUGAUGGUACUUUUGUCCAACACGCAAACAAACCAGAGUUUCAUGAAUGAUGAAACGAUACAUCACUAUUCUACGUGUAUGAAACAAAAUCUCGAAAAAUACUGUGUAAUGAACGGUAUAUUUGGUGACAUUACGUUCGAGCUGGACGACGGCCAUAUGAAGACUCACAGAGCCAUGCUGGUGGCCAGGUGUGAGGUUAUGAAGGCGAUGUUGAAUGGCGACUUCCGCGAGGCGCACGCCACUUUGAUUGUACUUCCAGGUGUAACCGAAUACACAUUCCAUAAGCUAUUGUGCUAUCUUUACACGGAUGAGAUUCCUCCGAUUUCGGCCGACAAGUGUCUCAAUCUGCUAGAACUUGCGAAUCGUCUUUGCUUACCGCGGCUGCUAAAUCUAGUCGAGUGUAGGGUGAUCGAGGAUCUCACACGGAUGUCUCAAAAUGAAACAAGUGAAGCGGUAGAGCACUGCUUAAGACUGCUAGAGCCAGUGAAGCUUCAUAAUGCGCACCAACUUGCUGAAUGGUGCAUGUCGUAUCUGUGUGUUAAUUACAAUAGCAUCUGCAGGUUAUCGCCCCGGAGUCUGAAGAAUCUACAUCCCGAUAAUCAGGAAUAUCUGCGUGAGCACAGAUGGCCUCCGGUUUGGUUUUUGAAGGACUACGACUACUAUCAGCGCUGCAUGAACGAAAUCAAUCGAGAGCUCAAUAAUGGGAAGAAAGACUGUACAACAGAUGACAAGGGUUGUCUCUGUUUCUCGGGAGUGUUUUUCUGGCUACUAGGCAAAUCGAAACGCUCGGCAGCAGCAGCCAAAUCGACGCUUCAGACGGCGAUCACCGCCAGCACGGAACACCAGGACGUGGUUAGCACCAGUCUGUUCCAGUCGAACGCCAACUCGGUGAACCAGCUUGAUCCCGAGCAUGACGGCGCUGAUCUCUGACAUUUGGCCGACGGACCGUGGAGAUCCCUUCGCUUCAUUGUGAUUCUACCAGUGUUGAUCUGCUUCAUCUGUACCAUUCUGAGCAUACUUAUAAUAUUCCAAAUUUACACCUAAUAUUUGCUACAGCGGUAGCCACCGCUGGAUGGCUAUUGACGAACAAAACCAAACCAAACAAGAUAUAUCCAGCAGUUCACACUCGCGCCGCAGCAUACACACAUGCAUUUCGUUUCCUCCAAACACAAUGAUCCCGUUUCCCCUUUUGUGGAUGAUGAUUGCUUACGAUGAACUAAAUCGUAAAUCCGGCCAACAGCGUGUCGCCGCGCGCGGUAUCGAUGAUUUGACAAGGUAAUCCAAUACAGUAAUACGUUGUACAGAAAAUGAGAUCCAAAAAAAACAGCAGCUAUUUUAAAAAUCAUUAAUAACGUGUACCAGCCAGAAUACUAACGAUGAUAGCAGAUUAUCGAUUAGCGUGUAAGGGUAAAAUGCAAAUUCUUUUUUGAACAUGUUUUUCGGGAAGCGGUAAGAGAGAAGACGAUGCGCCUGCAAGACGGACAAAACGUUAAAUUUGUCUCCAGGGUCUUUGAAAUAAACAAAACAAAACAAAAAUUAAUAGUAAAAUUACACAACACGUAAAAUGAUAAAAUCGUAGGCUUAGUCAUGAAACGUAGAGCAACACAGAAUUUUACUCUGAAAUUCAAAACAAUAUUUCAUUUAUCAGUAUUUCGAAAAAUAAUGUAAACAAGAACAAAAAAAAACAAUAGCAAUUUGGAAGUGCGUAUGCCACCUAAACGCACUAAACUUUAAAGUGGCUGUACAACAGGUGCGGAUUACAUUCGUGUUUUUCAUUUAAUCAGAAUGUCAAUUCAUUAAAAAUAUGUGAUAGUUUGAAGCAAAUGAGAGAGCUGGUGGAUGAAAUUAUGAAGCGAUACUUGACGGGAAGAUUCAUUCUGGUUGUCCAUUGGAGGGAAAAUAAUAGAUGAUCGAAGCGACAAUGUAAAGGCUGUUAGCAUUUAAUCGACUUUGGUUAGUUUCAUACGUUCAAUGUAGGCAAGAUGUUUAAACUAGUUGUUCGUUAAACGCUUAUAUUAGCAAUUUAUUAUUGUUUACACUGACGUGAAAAGCUAACAUUCGUUACUCGAUGCAGUGAUUUGACUUUACGUAAAGCCGAGAUGCAAGUCAAUCAUAUUUACGUAAAAAGGUUGAGAGAAAAUAUAUUAUUUUCUUUUUUUUUAAAUUGCUCGUUCCAUACUUUAAGGUACGCAGGGUGAGGAAGGAUGAGAAAGAGAUAUACAUACAUAUACGCAAAAUGAAAUGAGGCCAAUCAUACGGAUGAUAUUUUUGAUAGCUGAAGCAGCUUUAGGAUUUGUUUUCGUAUAUUUCCAAUGAAGAAGCGAUUGAGAUUGCAACCACAACAUUACGACGUCUUCGAAAUUUGUUUCAUUUUCUGAACGUUAUUGUGACUGUUUUCAAAUACAUUUGAAUGAGCAUAAAGAACAAACUCAAGCCUAACAAGACCUUAAAAAUAACGAAACUAUCACUGCGCUAUUUUCAGAUUUAUUCUAGUGUAAACUAAGAACACAGACGGAAAAAAACAAGAAUAUUUAGGAACAUGCAAAGUAGAACAAGAAUCGAAAAUAGCUUAGCUGUAUUUUUCGCAAAAAAUAAUAAAAAAAAUAUUAACAACAU